CAGCCCCAGGCGGAGGCGGCGGAGCGCAGACGGCUCAGGUGUGUCUGCGGGAGCCAGAGCGCUUUCUCCCGCCGCCGCCGCCGCCGCCGCGCACCGAGCUCGAGCCAUGCUGCCCGCCGCCGUCCGCAGAUGGCUGCAUAGACCCAAGCGCUCUGAUCCGAGGUUACUGUCACAGUUUUUCUAUGCCGAUGAGCGAGUGACCCAAGUGGUGACGGAGAUCAACUGUCUGGAUGUAGAGACAGAUCCUCAGCAAUACCUGGUUCUAUUAAAUCAGCUGCACCUUAGUCAGACCGAACUGCUGUCCAUCAUAGAGCGAAUUAUGGAUGAGUGUAUCCCCAAGGAGCGUCAUGGCCGUGACUAUGUCAUCAAAUUCCCCGAAGACCUCCUCGUGGACAAUCUCCGGAACCACAUGCUGUUUGCUGCUGAGUGUUUGAUGGCACGCACCUACAUUGAUGUGGACGAAGCAGAUGGGAUACGGCUGCGACCUCUGGCCAAGGAUCUGCUGUGCAGCUUGGAGUUGGUGCGGACGGUACUCCGGGAACAAAGCCUGAACCAACCUGGACCCUAUUCAGAGCCUAUCCGCAGGGCAUUGAUUCGUUUUGACAUGCUCUUUGCUGAGUUUGAGCUGAGUUACGUGUCAUCUUUAGUCUCGGUGAAGUCGCCCGAAGAUAUCUAUAGGCAGCAGGAGAUUGUUGUGCUCUUCUGUGAAACUGUGGCUAGAGCUCUGAAACUUGGCUACUUGACUCAGGAGACGAUUGAUGGGUAUGAACCGCAGCUGAUGUUCACCAUUCCCCGCCUGGCCAUUAUCAGUGGUCUUCUGAUCUACCCAGAUGGACCCCUCAAUUUGGAGCGGAGGCCUGAGGAAAUAUCCAGAGUCUUCAGCCCGUUUUAUGUCUUGCUUAGAAAAAUCAGGGAUUUGCUGCGUGUGUUGUCCAAGGAAGAACUUUACAUGUUGGAGAAGCGUGUACUGAAUGAGAGCACUACAGAUUCACAGCCCUUCAAGGAUAUAGAUUCUCCUGACUUCCGAGGUGCUGCGACACCACGUGGCUUUUCGGCUGUCCCAAGGCAGCGUGGGCAGGGGUCUGGUAGCACCAAGGCAGGAGUGAUCACACAAGCUCCACAGACGGCUCGUUGGGCAGAACUGCGAGCCCGUUAUACCACUACAGAGGACAUGAUCCACACACUGUUUGUCUGCAUCUCUGGAGUGGCAGACCAGCUCCAGACCAACUUUGCAAGUGAUCUGCGUGCCAUCCUGAAGACUGUAUUUAAAAUUGUGACAUCCCGGGCAGAGGAACAGGAGGUGACAGACACUGGCCAGGUGGAGGUCCAUGUGCUACCAACAGCUUCUCACCUGGCAGACUGUGCUCUCUGCUCCAGAAGCCGGGGAGGCACUGGGAGAGAAGAUGCCUUAGCACCACCAGACUGGGUGCCAGACAGCACUUGCAGCCACUGCAUGGCUUGCCGUGUGCCUUUCACCUUUCUUCGCCGACGGCACCACUGCCGAAGUUGUGGCAAGAUCUUCUGCUCUCGCUGCUCGUCACACUUGGCGCCUCUGCCCCACUUCAAGCAGCUGAAACCAGUCCGCAUUUGUACACACUGCUACACCACCCACUUGCCUUCCACUAGCAAAAAUACCAGUUGAUUGGAGCUGCCUCAAACACCUUCUGUGCCUGUGGAAACACCAAAGACUUGGGAGGCAACAGCCUGUGCCGUCAGCAAAGGACUGUGGGAACAACCACACUUGUCUCAUUAGGAUGCUCCUGGGAACUUUCCAAAGGCCUUGGUGGUCAGGGCAAGAGAUGGGAACGCCAGGCUUUUAUAGCUGGGGAUUGAUUCUUUGCUGUUUAAUAUAAAUAACUCCCAGUGGGAUUCCCUGGGUUGGAGCUAGAGCUUGCUGUAGAAGAUGUUUCAGCAAACUCUUGGAAAUGACAGUAAAAGCAUCUUUCCCCCAUUACUCUUUCCUUGGAUAGAGUAAAUUGUGGCCCACGUAGGGAUUGCCUGGUGCUGGUUGCCUGGCUUUUGGGAGAGCCCCAUGAUAGUCGUCGGUCCUGUGGAUUUAUUUUUGACAAAUCUCUGAGGUUGCAUUACUAGAUUUGGGUGUAUGUGCAAUAAGGGCUUUGUGGAGCCUUUCACUGGAACUGAAAGGCAGGAUCUCUAGUCCAACAGCAACCUUGUGGAGGAUAGCCAUGACAUUUUGCCCACCAGCUUCUGAUACAGCUAAGGGCUUCAACAAUCUUCAUAUGCAAUGUAUUUUCUUGUAAAACUCUCCUGCCACACUGUUGUGUGGAAGAUGGAAGAUGCCUUUGAAGCUUCUCCAGGAGAUUUAUAGCUCUUUUUUGAAACCAGGCAGAGCUGGUUCUUCUCCUGAAUACUUGAAUAAAUGCUAUCUGUUACUGUUGCCAAUUUGUCUUCUCUGGGUUAAAAAAUAAACGCUUUUGCUGAAUU